UGUAAACAAACAGUGGGAGGAUACAACUAAUCAGCUGAUCGCCGCCAAAUGCUAGCUAUAACGAAGAGUUCUAUCAGCGAUGAGGUGUACUAAUUCUAAAUUUCGAGUUCAGUAGGCCAAAUUCAACUACUAUAUUGGAAAAUGAGUGAAUCUCUUACAAAACCACGCUCUAGCAGUGCUAGGGAAGGUCAGGUUGAUAUUCGUGAAGAUGAGGAUCAAGGACUGAAACUUUCUGAAAUUAUUGAACUCCUUGUUGCCGCUGGGUACUUCAGAGCCCGAAUUAAAGGCUUGUCUCCAUUUGAUAAGAUUGUUGGAGGUAUGACCUGGUGUAUUGAGACUUGUAACUUUGAUGUAGAUGUUGAUUUACUCUUCAAUGAAAAUCUCACAAUUGGUCAAAAAAUAGCUCUGACCGAAAGGAUUGUAAAAGUGUUGAAGCCCAUGAAAUGCCCUCAUGCCUUAGAACCACAUCAGAUUCAGGGUAUGGAUGCCAUACACAUCUUCCCAGUUAUUCAGUGGCUUGUUCAAAAGGCUUUAGAAACCAGAGAAGAAUUUGGAGAUCAGAGCCGAGAACUCUCUGUAUACCAGUUCCAUCAUUAUUAUACAACCCCUCUUGAAGAGAAGAUAGAUGAGGUGGAGGGUAAAGUAACCAAGACUUUAUCUACAAUACAGUCUGUAUAUGGGCCAAAACGGAGAUGGCGUCGGAAAGCUUCUGCUCCAAUUGAAAACCCUAGCUUACGUGUUCAGACUACUCUGCUGGAGUAUGGAGAACUUAGCCUGAAAGGGUACAAUAAGACCCAGGAGGGCCAAAAUGAUGAUAACAGUGCAGAGAAAGAGCAAGCUGCACACAUGGAAAAGUUGAUGCAAAACAUGGCUGUAGCCGAAAGUGCUGAGGGAAAACUAAAUGCACAGCAUGUUGGCAGCAUCAUAAGUGGGAGGGCUAAAGAAAUAGCAGUUACCUCAAAACAUUACUUGGAACUCCAGGAACAGAUGACGGAAGAGAUUCUUGGGGACAGUGCUUCUUCACAAGCUCGGAAAAUAGCAAAUUUAGAGAAGCAGAAAAAUGUAUUGAUGACCCAGCUGGCAGAAGUCCAGAACAAGCAAACAAAAGAAUUAACCAGACUUGAAGCACUUAAGACAACACUUGAUGAGAAGAGAAGUGCAGCAAACCAUUUAGAGCAAGAAAUAAAAGCCUUAGUAGGUCUGGACACAAAGGAAAAUGAGCAGAUUUUAGAGCAUCUGUCAAAGUUGGUGAAGGAAAAUGAUGAGUGCCGGAAGAGGGAGUCUGAGUUCAAAGACAAGUGCCGAAAAGAAUCUGAAAAAAUGAAGAAGGAAAUAAGCAAUUUACAAGAAAAGCUAUCUGAGAUUGAUGGUGGAGAUGAGAUGAUGAACAGGUUUGAGGCUGAAAAUGCAAAGUAUUGUAAGAUGCGACGCCAGUUGGCCAAGAAGACAAGGCAGGUUGAAGCCUUGAAAAGACACAUUGAUGAUGUUCCUGGUCGAGCAGAGCUGUCACAGUACCAGCGACGUUUUAUUGAGCUUUAUAACCAGAUUUCAGCAACUCAUCGAGAAACUCAGCAGUUUUACAACAUGUACAACACUCUUGCUGAUGUGCGCACAUAUAUGGAGAAGGAGCUCUCUUUAUUGAACUCCAUUCUGGAUAAGUUGAGAGGAGGAGAACAGAAGAGAAAUCACAUCAUAAAAAAUUAAUGGAUGAACUGAGCCACCUUCAGGAACUUAAUCGCCACUAUGCAAAGAUUGUGUAUCAGUUAAGCCAAGAAAUCAAUAAGAAUGAAAUUUUACAUCAAAAACUAGCAGCUCAUGGGAACUGAUUAAAUUACUGACAUUUAUCUUUUGAAUAAGGUCAUUCUGACAUUGUAUUUAAUAUACUGAAGUUUUUCUGACCAAACUUUAUCAAUGCAUAUUAAGAAAGAUUUUCAGAACAAUGAGCCAUGAGUUUGUUAUGGAUAUAUUUGUUUUCACAGAGGUGAUUAUUCAUACAAGUACUGGAGAACCUCGGUCCUCGACCGUAUAAGAACUCAACAUAAUCGGAUUUAGACACAAAAUUUCGAGUAAAUUUUGCAUUAGAGCUUGAACAAAAAACCAGAACUGACCCAAUAAACCAUAUUAUUUUUGUAAACAAAAGUGUUUUGGUCAGUUGGCAUGAGUUGGUAUUGCUCCCACACAUCAUUUCAACCCUGCUCAGCUCUGCAUCGAGUGUUUUGGUCCCGUACAUUAGUUUUUGUGGCCCUUUGUUCUGUAUUUUCAUUAAAUCAUGGGCCCCAAGAGAGCCAUUGCAGGCAGCAUAUAUGUAUUACCGUGAUAGGCUACCAGGGCAGUGCUGUGGUUUGUUUACAUCUGCUCAUGGCAAAUGGCUGUAAGGCAAACUGCCUUAGUUUUUGUAAGAUUGUGAUAACAGGCAUAAUUUAGCUUAUUUUUAAUAUUUUAAUAAACCAGUCCGAGAACAGCCAUUGUUAGGCUCAGAGGUCUUUAUAAUAAUAAUAAUAAUAAUAUUUUAAUAAU